AUGACUGACUAUGGACCCGAACUCCCCGUCCCGGACUACAAUCUCGGAGGGUAUACACUCGAAGAAGCGAUCAUGCAGUCGAACGCUACGCUUGCCGCACAACUCAUCGCUGCCGGCGCCAAUGUCAACCAAACUGAUGCCAGGGGCAAAACCCUUCUCAUGCUGGCUGCCUCUGUAGGAAAUGAGUCUGUCCUAAAACUUCUUCUACAGAAGGGAGCAAAAAUAAACGCCGUGGACUGCCACGGCCGGACAGCGUUGCACCGGGCUGCUAUUGAUGAUGAGACUACCCGUAUCUUAGUCGACCGUGGAGCCCACGUGAAUAAGCAGGACAAUAAUGGCAAGACGGCUAUGCAUCUUGCCGUCGAGGAUGAUGAAAGGGGAGUGGUUCAUGUCUUGCUUCAGGGGGGCGCUGAUCCUGAUCGAAAAGAUAAUAAAGGAAGGACGCCCAGAGGGUUGGCGAAGAAGUAUGGGAACAAGAAAAUUUUACGGUUGAUCGAGGCUUUUGACGAUGAUGACGAUGAUUGA